UGCCACCAGAUGGCGGCUUAGGAUUGCUGCUCUUCUAAAAGGCGCGGUCUUAUUCUCGAUCUAAAUUUCAAUUAAAAAAAUCUUUAAGCUAAAAAUAUAUUUUUCUCUUUAAACUUCAAAGUCCAUUGUCGAUGCAAAAAUGACCCUCAAAGCUUACACGACGAGUGUGUGUUGAGGUGUGAAGUUGAGGUGUUCGUGUCACUGGCAUCACCGGGAUCAGCGCUGAGAGGUGGGAGAGACGCCUGACGACUGUUGUGGAGGGGAGGGGGGGGCUGAUUUUGGGCUAUCUGAGGCCCCCCACCAAGACUGCCAGUGGCUGUCAACACUCCACUCCAGCAGAUCUAGUGAGAGAGGCCCUGUGUGACGACAGACUCCAUCCCCACCCAACCCAUCCACCAGGACAGACAUCAUGAUCACCUCAGAACUCCCAGUCCUGCAGGACUCCUCCAACGAGUCCGGCCAGGCGGAGACGGUGAGCCUGAGCAUGAGCGUGAGCGAGCUGGAGGAGCCGGAGGUGAAGGGCAAGAAGAAGAGGGGCAGGCCCGGCAGGCCUCCGCAGGCCAAUAAGAAGCCUCGGAAGUCGCCCACGGAUAAGCUCAUGGGGCCGCCACGGAGUCGCAAGGCGAACGGGAUGGCCCAGCACAACGGCGAUGGCACUGACCCUGUCACGCUGUUCGAGGUGGUGAAGCUGGGCAAGAGUGCCAUGCAGUCUGUCGUUGAUGACUGGAUUGAAUCUUAUAAGCAAGAUAGAGAUCUGGCUCUCCUAGACCUUAUUAAUUUCUUCAUACAGUGUUCCGGAUGUAAAGGUACUGUGCGAAUCGAGAUGUUCCGGAACAUGCAGAAUGCUGAGAUCAUUCGCAAAAUGACAGAGGAGUUCGAUGAGGACAGUGGCGAUUACCCUCUCACGAUGCCCGGCCCCCUGUGGAAAAAGUUCCGCUACAACUUCUGUGAGUUCAUCGGCGUGUUGAUCCGGCAGUGCCAGUACAGCAUCAUCUACGACGAGUACAUGAUGGACACGGUCAUCUCGCUCCUCACCGGCCUCUCCGACUCCCAGGUCCGAGCCUUCAGGCACACCAGCACGCUGGCAGCCAUGAAGCUGAUGACGGCGCUGGUGAACGUGGCGCUGAACCUCAGCAUCCACCAGGACAACACGCAGCGGCAAUAUGAGGCAGAGAGAAACAAAAUGGUGGGAAAGAGGGCCAACGAGAAGCUGGAGCUGCUCCUGCAGAAGAGGAAAGAGCUCCAAGAAAACCAGGAUGAAAUUGAGAACAUGAUGAACUCUAUUUUCAAGGGUAUUUUUGUUCAUCGAUAUAGGGAUGCAAUUGCUGAAAUCAGAGCGAUUUGCAUAGAGGAGAUCGGAGUAUGGAUGAAGAUGUACAGCGAUGCCUUCCUCAACGACAGCUACUUAAAAUAUGUGGGGUGGACGUUACAUGACCGGCAAGGAGAGGUGCGGUUAAAAUGUUUGAAAGCACUUCAGAAUCUCUACACAAAUCGGGAGCUCUUUCCUAAGCUCGAGCUUUUCACAAAUCGAUUCAAGGAUCGUAUAGUCUCCAUGACUCUGGACAAAGAAUAUGAUGUGGCAGUUGAAGCCAUCAGAUUGGUCACACUAAUUCUACAGGGGAGCGAGGACGCCUUGUCCAACGAGGACUGUGAGAAUGUUUACCAUCUGGUCUACUCGGCACAUCGGCCCGUGGCAGUGGCGGCCGGGGAGUUCCUCCACCGCAAGCUCUUCAGUCGGCACGACCCGCAGGCGGAGGAGGCUCUGGCCAAGCGUCGCGGCCGCAGCAGCCCCAACGGGAACCUCAUCAGGAUGCUGGUGCUCUUCUUCUUGGAGAGUGAGCUGCACGAGCAUGCGGCCUACCUGGUGGACAGCCUUUGGGAGAGCUCGCAUGAGCUGCUGAAGGACUGGGAAUGCAUGACCGAACUGCUGCUGGAGGAGCCGGUGCAGGGAGAGGAGGUGCUUGCGGACAGGCAAGAGAGUGCUCUAAUCGAGCUGACAGUCUGCACCAUCCGGCAGGCGGCCGAGGCCCAUCCGCCCGUGGGGAGAGGCACAGGGAAAAGGGUCCUGACAGCCAAGGAGAGGAAGACCCAGAUCGAUGACAAAAACAAACUGACAGAGCACUUCAUCAUGGCCCUUCCCAUGCUGCUGUCCAAGUACCAGACAGAUGCAGAGAAGGUGGCUAACCUGCUGCAGAUCCCACAGUACUUUGACCUUGAUGUGUACAGUGCUGGGCGCAUGGAGAAGCACUUAGAUGCUCUGCUGAAGCAGACGAAGUUUGUGGUAGAGAAGCAUACAGAGUCAGACGUGCUGGAGGCAUGCAGUAAGACCUACAGCAUCCUGUGCAGCGAGGAGUACACCAUCAUGAACCGCGUAGACAUCGCCCGCAGCCAGCUCAUCGACGAGAUGGCCGACCGAUUCAGUCACUCGGUCGAGGACCUACUACAGGAGGGGGAGGAAGCAGAUGACGAUGACAUAUACAAUGUGCUGUCGACGCUCAAACGGCUCACGGCUUUUCACAACGCCCAUGACUUGACCCGAUGGGAUUUGUUUGGGAACUGCUACCGACUGCUGAAGACGGGUAUUGAGCAGGGCUCCAUGCCAGAACAGAUUGCCGUGCAGGCUUUGCAGUGCUCCCAUUACUCCAUCCUUUGGCAGCUGGUGAAGAUCACAGAUGGCUCUCCCUCCAAGGACGAUUUGGUUGCCCUUCGAAGGGUGAACAAAUCCUUCUUGGCAGUGUGUCAGCAAUGCCUUUCCAAUGUCAACACUCCAGUGAGGGAGCAGGCGUUCAUGCUGCUGUGUGACCUGCUGAUGAUCUUCAGCCACCAGCUGACCACGGGCAGCCGCGAGGCCCUGCUGCCCCUCGUCUUCAACCCCGACAGCAGCCUGCAGAACGAACUGCUCAACUUUGUACUCGACCACGUCUUCAUCGACCAGGACGACGAGAACCAGAGCAUGGAGGGAGAUGAAGAGGACGAAGCGAACAAGAUCGAGGCCUUACACAAGAGGAGGAACCUGCUAGCCGCCUUUAGCAAGCUCAUCAUCUACGACAUAGUGGACAUGCCAGCGGCAGCAGACAUCUUUAAACACUACAUGAAGUAUUACAAUGACUACGGUGACAUCAUCAAGGAAACACUAAGCAAGACCAGGCAGACGGACAAGAUCCAGUGCGCCAAGACCCUCAUCCUCAGCUUGCAGCAGCUCUUUAAUGAGCUCCUGCAGGACCAGGGCCCCAACCUGGACCGCACCUCUUCCCACGUGAGCGGCAUCAAGGAGCUGGCGCGACGCUUCGCCCUCACCUUCGGCCUCGACCAGAUCAAGACUCGCGAGGCUGUGGCCACGCUGCACAAGGACGGAAUAGAGUUCGCCUUCAAGUACCCGAGUCCCAAAGGGCCGGAGUAUCCCCCGACCAAUCUGGCCUUCCUCGAGGUGCUCAGCGAAUUCUCCUCCAAGCUGCUAAGACAAGACAAGAAAACGGUUCACGCGUACCUGGAGAAAUUCCUGACGGAGCACAUGAUGGAGCGGCGCGAGGACGUGUGGCUUCCGCUCAUCUCCUACCGGAACUCCCUGCUGACGGGCGGGGACGACGACCGCAGCACGUCUGUCCACAGCGGGAGCACCAGCAGCAGCAAGGCGGGCUCCAUACGCAGCAAGAAGGGACGCCCGCCGCUGCACAAGAAGCGCAUCGAGGAGGAAAGCGUUGAGGGAUCGUGGAUGAUGCGCAAUGACACAACACUACAGACACCGGGGGCACUACCAACACCUCAGCUCACGUCUACCGUCCUGAGGGAGAACCCCCGACAGGCGGCGGAGCACAUACCCGACCCGGACUCCGAACCCGGCUCAGAGUCCGAUUUCGUUAAUCCCCAGAUGCAGAUGUCCUGGCUGGGCCAACAGAAGCUAGAGGAGGUGAACAGGAAGGACCGCACGUCCAUGAACUACAUGAAGGCCCGCAGCGCAGGCGUACGGCAGACAGUACGCGGCCUUAUGGAGGAUGACGCAGAGCCCAUCUUCGAAGACGUGAUGAUGUCGUCUCGUGGGCAGCUGGAGGACAUGAACGAGGAGUUCGAGGACACGAUGGUCAUUGACUUGCCUCCGUCAAGGAACAGACGGGAGCGAGCAGAGUUGAGACCAGACUUCUUCGACUCAGCAGCUAUGAUUGAGGAUGAAGCAGGUUUCACGAUGCCCAUGUUCUGAAGUGCCACCGCAGUGAAGGAGAAGAUGGGAGAGGAAUGAAACCCCUUUGGAACCCCCUGGGGACUUUGCACUUGUCAGAGCCCAGAUGGCGCCCGUUCAACCGGCAGUGCCUGAGCAGGACGGGUGAUGGGGUGAACGGGGGUUUGGGGAGAGACUGUAUCUGUGGUGCCAAGAUGUUUGUUUCAGAAUGACGGUGCCUCCUCUCAUAUAUGAACACUAUACCGGAGAAGUGUUAUUGCUUCAAGAAUAUGUGACUGAUCAAAUCACAGAAGAAAGGGCGAAGUGGGGGGUGGGGCUGGUAUUGGACUGGGGUGGGGUGGGCUGGGGGGUGGACUAGACUGUGAGUCACUUUGAGAUCCUACCUGUCCGCACCAUCACACACUAAGCUAAGGGCGAUUCACACUGGACUGAAUUUACAUUGUGGUACGCUUUUAUCUUGUAGGAAUGUAUGGUCCCGCAACAAAAAAGAUGUACAUAUUUAUGUUUUAGCUCCUCACUGUGUAGGCACACUGUACAGCUAACUGUGGUGUGGUUUUACAAUCAGGUCAAAUGGGUCCCUCAUGGAACUGAAUCUAAUGGCCAAGACUUUGCGGGCCAUGCUCCCAUUUUCUUUUGACUGUAUGCCGCACAGCUGUGUUGGGUCCACAACAGACUAUAGGUAUUAGAUGAGGCUGGCUUUUGCUUGGGCUCACACUGCUCUGGGGGUCGUUUCUCGACAGUGCCUUUGCUAACGACUUUAGCCAUUUUGUUCGUUCUUAAGACCAACGUUGUAACCAAGGUCUUGAGUUGGUCUUAAGUUGUUCUUAAGUUGUUCUUAAGUUGGU